UUCUCUUAAUUUCUGAUGUCAGGGUGCAUAUUUUAACCAAACAUGGCAGCAAAUAAAACAGAUGACAUUUUGGGAUCGUUUUUAUUUCAAAAAAGAGAAAAUAGGAACCAGGACAACCUGUACAACUACUGUUAUUGACUGUAAACAUAUUGAAUAUCGAGCCGAUGCAUAUCCAAAGAUAUAAUGAUUUAUCCUUCCAUUGCUUUCGUUGCUAAAAGAAACUACUAGAAUGCCCGAAUUUAUUACACUAGUUUAUUGCCUAUGGAUAAGGGUGGAUGUUUUCUUUUUUUCUUUUUCUUUUCUUUUUUUCGCACCAUUAUAUGAUUUCAUUUCAACAUCAUUGAGUGUGUAUAUUGUUAGUUCAUUUAUGGUUGGCAGACUAAAUACUCUUCCCUAUUUGCUGCAGGCACACUCCUACAAUGUCUCGUAGACAUCUUUUUGCAGAUGCUGAGCAUGGUUUUUUCUAUGAAAAUGGGGAUUCAAAUUUCCUGGACCUUGAUUGGUUUUCAUCUUCUGGGAAUUCAUGCGAGGAAAUUUAUGAAAGGUUCACAGUGAUGAACUCUCCAACUGAAAAUCUUUCCACUGAAAAUGUCAUCAAUGGCAUAGCUUCUGAGACAACACUACCUUUAAGUGAGUACGGGUCUGGCGUAAAGGGAAAGCAGACAAACGAGAUGCAAAUAGUCUUUGAAGCUGGCCAAAAUCCUGAUAUUCUCAAUGAGUUUUCUGAGAGCUUUGUGCAGUGGGUUAUCCAUGGAGAGGCUCUAUGUUAUUGAUGCAGAAAAUUUAGAUAGUUCAUCGAUGCCUUAUCUGACCUCAGCUCCAGAGAUGUGGUCCCCCAAAACAAAUGCUUGAGAAAGAGGAGAAAUUACAUAAGGGGGGACAGACAUCCAUUUGUAAGAUAUCCCCUUCUCUAGCAUACCCUUUGUGUACAAUUGUGUUGAUUCGGUUGAAGUGCUAUCCUCGGUCAUAGUCUGAUAGAAGUAUGAGUACAUAGAUAUAAUUCUUUUGGAUCUCCGUUUCAUUUGUUUAAACCGGAAGUUGUCAUCAUGUAAAUAUUCACAUAUAUAUUUUGCUCACUUGAGCUCAACAUUUACGGCAGCAAUUUUUUCCUGUUCUCAA